AUGCACCUCAUCCUCCUGGGAACGCUCGACACAAAACGCUCCGAAGUGCUCUACCUCCACUCCCAGCUCCACCAAACAGCAAGCCGCCUCAACACGCCUCUCUCGAUCACUCUCAUCGACUGCGGCGUCCGCAGCGAGAUUGACUCUGACCCAGCCAUCACAGUCUCGCAUACAGACCUGAUAACAAAAUACCCGUACGCCUCCGAUCUCGACUCUCCAAGCCCAACCAAAGACCUCUUUGUCCUCCCCCGCGGCGAGGCAAUCUCUAUCAUCACGGCCUGUGCCACGAAAUGUGUGUCCGAACUCCUACAGACACAGGACGUCCAUGGAAUUAUUGGCGUAGGCGGCAGCGGCGGCACGAGUCUCAUCUCGGCUGUCAUGAGAAGCGCCGCAAAGAUUGGUCUGCCCAAACUUAUCGUCUCCACCGUGGCCUCAGGAAACACGGGCCCUAUUGUCGGCGAGACAGACCUCACGCUCAUGUACAGUGUCGUCGAUAUUGCUGGGUCGAAUCGACUGUUGAAGGAUGUCCUCGAAAACGCGGCGGGGGCGAUGGUCGGGAUGGCGAGCGCAUACAAGGCGCGUCUUGAGGCGAGCAUAUCCGCUACCCCAGCCCAGUCAGAAAAGAGCAGACUCCGUGUGGGAGUCACUAUGUUCGGCGUGACGACGCCCUGUGUCGACACGAUCCGGUCGCACCUCGAAACCAACUACGCUGUCGAGGUCUAUGUCUUCCACGCAACAGGGCAUGGAGGGAAAGCCAUGGAGCGGCUGGUGGAGGAAGGACACCUCGACGCGAUGCUCGACCUGACGACAACGGAGAUCUGCGAUCUCAUCGCGGGAGGGGAAAUGGCGUGUGAUCGCCGCCGACUCGAAACGAGUCUGAAGAAGGGUAUCCCAACUAUCAUCUCUGUCGGCGCGACAGAUAUGGUCAAUUUCGGCCCGAUCGAGACGGUCCCGCCGAAGUAUCAAGGAAGGAAAUUGUUUGUGCAUAACCCCAGUGUAACACUCAUGAGGACGUCCAGGGAGGAAUGCGAGGCCGUAGGGAGAUUCAUCGUUGAGAAGGUGAAUGGGUGUGUACGGGAGGGUAAAGCUGGGCUUGUGGAGGUGGUGAUUCCUAAGGGUGGAGUGAGCAAAAUUUCUACGACUGGAGGCGUCUUUGAGGAUAAACAGGCGGAUGAGGCGCUUGCGAACGUUCUCAUGGUCGGACUGGAAGGCAAGGUCAGAGUUGUGCAAGAUCCGAGGGAUGUGAAUGAUAGAGGGUUCGCCGUUGAUAUUGCAGAAAGGCUGAUGACAUUGGUAGCAGCUGCAGGCGAGAAGAGGGAAAAGGUCUAA